GGGAAUCCGGGGGUCAUACCAUCAUUCUACGCGGAAACGCAACCUGCUCACAGAAAGACCACCGAACUUUUUACCGAUUUCUCCUUUUCUACUCCCAAAACCAUGGUCGAGAGGAACAAGAAGGCGUUACUAGAUCUGCUCAACAAAGAAGGGAACAAUGAAUGCGCAGACUGUGGCUGUGGAGGGUAUCCACCGUAUGCUGGGGGCACACAUCAGCAAGGUCAAGUCUCUCAGGUUAGACAGCUGGACAGACGACCAGGUCGAGUUUAUGGCAUCAACUGGCAACUUGGCAGCAAAGGCUAAAUAUGAGAUCCACGUGCCUCCGUUCUACCACAGGCCUAUGGCAAAGGAUCCGCAGGUGUUACGGGAACAGUGGAUCCGUGCGAAGUACGAGCGGAUGGAGUUCCAGUACCUGGAGCGACAGACGUACCUGUCGGGGUACAAGGAGGGGUUCCUGUGGAAGCGCGGGAAAGAGAACAGCACGUUCCAACAGAGGAGGUUCAUACUGGCCGAGGAAGACGACAUCCUCAAGUACUACCAGAAGGCUGAUGCAAAAGAACCUAAGGCAGCCAUCAAGAUCAGCGAAUUGAAUGCUAACUUCACUCCAGAGAAGAUUGGGAACCCCAAUGGCCUGCAGAUCUCCUGGGUUAAAGACGGCAGCACAAGGAAUAUCUACGUUUACACAGAAGAUGGCAAGGACAUAGUAGACUGGUACACAUCUGUCAGAGCGGCCAAGUACAACAUGCUGAAGGUGGCAUAUCCAGGUGGUAAUGAUGCAGAUCUUGUGACGAGACUUACCAGAACUUUUGUGAAAGAAGGCUGGCUGUAUAAGACUGGACCAAGGCAUAAUGAGCCCUACAAGAGAAGAUGGUUUACCCUGGAUGACAGGAGGCUGAUGUAUUUUGAAGAUCCUCUGGAUGCCUACCCAAAAGGAGAAAUCUUCCUCGGACACAAAAGCGACGGAUACAAAGCGCUGGAAGGUGUUCCCCCGGGAAAACAGGACGUGGGGAACAGCUUCACAAUCAGGACGCCGGGACGGGACUAUCUCCUCGGCGCGGAAACGGAAGAGGAGCGCGUAGAAUGGAUGGACGUGCUUCGGAAGGUGUUCGACCGUCCGAUCUCGCCCCAAGACAGUACUGCUGCGGCCAACCUGGUCCACAAGCGCGGCAACGCUCCUGUUCUUAACUCUAUCCUGGGGAAAUAAGUUUCAGGUCAAAUUGCGUCCAAGCCAAGAAAAAAAGGCAGCUUUGCACUGUUCAAGUCUUAGGGUUGGGGUCGUAGAACAAAGCACUUCCUCCAAGAAGAGAUGUGCUGUCCAAGUAUGCUGAUGAGAUAGGACUUGUUUUCUACAGUUUCUUAUAAGUGUGAAGAAGUCUUAAGACUUCUUGUUGACUUUGUUAAACAGAGUGCUUCUUCCAAUCAUGGACAAGUUAAGAUUCUUGAAAUAGUGAAGACAAAGUUUUAGUUUUUCAAAGGUCUAGACAGUUACAAGUUUUCACAAGAAGCUUUUACAGGCUGCAGUUUGUAUAUCAAUUACAAGGGGGCAGCCCUGCACUGCUGUCACAAUGUAGCACCUAACAGUCAUGUGUCAGACUGAAACAAACUACUUUAUUGGCAGCCAUUGUUUUGCAAGAUUAGGGUCAGAUUCGUCUCUGUACAACAAUGUACUGUUUUUCCUGGGCCAGCUUUGUAUUUUUGUUUUGUUCUUUUAGAUUGUCGCUUCAAAGCAAUUUAGACAAAGUUGACUGAGUGUAUUUCUUGCAAUCAUCAUGUAAAAGAUUGUCCAAACAAUUUGCAGGGCAUUUUUUCUAUGCAUGAAAAAGUUGUACAUAAUUAUGGCACACAAAAAUAGCAAUUCCAUAUCUUUUUGCAUAACUUUUUGUUCAGUCUAUCCUUAGAAAACAACGUUAACAUGACAUUAUGUACUAUGCAGAUGUCUGUGUAGAAGGGGUCUUUGUACAUAAAUGAACACAGGUAUGCAGUUAGAUGUGUGUGUGUUUUUGUGUAGGUUUGAAUUUGUGUUUCUUUCCUUUGUGUUGUACAGCCGUGAUGAUAUCCUAGGUACUAAAGGCCACACCAAUUAAAUUCUAUGGUUCUCAGAUUUUGCAGAAAUUCAAGAUAGACUAAAAAAAUUCAACAUACCAGACAAACAAUUCCUUUACAAAAAAUCUAUUGGACAACUAUUUUUGUCAAAGUAUGUCAUUGAGCAUUUUUUUUGUACAAGUCCAAAUUAUUCCUAUUUUAAUGAUUUUUUCUUAAAAUUAAGAAAAAAAAUUAAGCAGGCGAAUCCAAGAAUCAUGGAGUGAAAUCGGUGUGGUCUUGCAAACUUGAAUCUUUGUGCCAUUUCAAAUGCCUUAUUGUAUACUGCAGGGUAAUGUAUGUACUAGGUGUUACAAACUUUAAAAGCUUUGUGCACUAUAAGUUUACACUGGAUUGUGACAGUUACAUUGACAUCAUUCAAAAUACAGACCCUACUGCGAUGCCAUACAUGUAGUUAGAUGCUCCAAAAGAAAUGAGGCCAAGUUCACACUUCGCAAAAUUUUUACGAAUCAACUGGAAUCAGUCUGCUUCAUUAAACUCAAAUUGUGAUCAAUUUUGGCUGGGUUCAUACCUGCCAUUGAAAUCCUGCUCAAAAUGUUUCUCACUCAAUUUGGCAAUCUUGGAGUUUGACCAAAAAUCACUAGAUGGCGCUUCACUAAGUUCAGGCCAUUGAGGGGAUGGCAGCCAAAUGUGAACACUGCUCUUGAAAGUCAAGUUUUAGUUUUUCAAAGGGCUGGACAGUUUCAAGUGUUUAUAGGCUGCAGUUUGUAUAUCAAUUACAAGGGGGCAGCCCUGCACUGCUGUCACAAUGUAGCACCUAACAAUACAACAGUUGAACCAACAAUGUUUGUGAGAAUGCGGCUCCAUUGGUUCAACCCUCUUGGCCAGUUCCCUGAAGUCACACUAAACUUGUGAAUACUGGCCUAAAAAUAGAUUUUUAUUGUAUGCCUUUGUAACAUAUAUCAUCUUAACGACAUUUCUUAUACAUUACAUUACAAAUAUGGACAAAAGUUGGGACUUCCAUUUUACAUUUUGUAUAUAUAAGGUAUACUAAGUGCUUUCACUUCGCAGUUGCCACAGAAGUAAAUAGUAGUUUUUUUCUCUCAGACUAAACAUCAAAUAUAAACUGUAACAGUUAUAAUCAUGAUGAAAUGUGCUUUAAUAUUUGAAAAAGAAAGUUUUGUACAAUCUUAUUUCGUAAACAUUCCAAAUCUCUUUAUAUGAAAUAAAGUAUUGCAUAUGAACUGGUA